AAUAUCAUUGUGACGAAGAUAGGGGCAUAGAAUAACAGCUCAACGGCAAAUCUUCGCACUGCGGAUUCAACCGAAAAGCAGUAGAGAGGGCGUUUGUUGACCAGAUGAGCAAAGAUUCGCUUCUUGGAUGUGCCGUUUGAUAGUGAACCCAAAAUCGCAAGCCAAUUCGUGUGGUGAAUGAUUUAAAACGAUUGUUGUGCGAUAAAUCACGUAAACAUUUGCUGAUAAAAAACGAUACAAGCGUCGGUUGCUGAAGACCCCAAAACGAUAUUGGAAAUUGGAGUGGAGCUUUGUCAGCGUGUGUAGGUUGAAGAGUAGCUUUUAAAAACGCACACAUUUAAUGCGCAUCGGUAGAGUGUUGUUCGAUUUUACCCUCUCGUGAGAUAGUGUGCCAGCUGUUUACAUUGCCGUUGCGUUUCCGAGAACGUCCCGUUUCCGAUUGCACGCAUUAAUCACACCACACUUCCGUGUGUGUGUUUUUUUUUGAGAGCGCAGUUUGUUUUUUCCCCCCAUCCCGGAGUGCGAGUGCGAGGUGACGCGGUGGAAAAUUUGGAUCCGGAGCGCCGAGCUGUGUGUAUUGGAUUCCCGCUGGCUGACGAAAAAGCCCUGCGCCAUUACGUUGUAAACAAAGCCGUCGGUCGUUCGGUGUGUGCGUGUGUGUGUGUGUGUGCAGUGCGGCUACACGAAAGGUGCGUCUCUUGGAGGGUGCAGUGCGCGUGUGUGAGUGAGAGUCUUUUGUCUUUCCAGCGCGGUGCAGGGCUGUACGCGAGUGUGUGUGCGUGCAGUCGAAAGUGGUCCGAGCCCGAGUUUGUUGUUUUGCAGCGCGGCCUACGUGACGUAGCGCGCGAACGUUUUCGGGGUGGUGAAAACGCCAACGGUUUGAAGCGUACGCGUCCGUUUGCUGGCGUUCUUUGUUUACAAAACAGCACCCAACCAGCGCACUCACGAUUGGAGCGGAGUUGGAGUAGCGAGCAACAGCCAAACACAGCGUUAUUGUGUGUGUGUGAGUAGUGUAGUGGAAAAAGGGAUCACGCCACAGAGAGGAAAAAGGGGGGAUCUUGAUCUCGCUUUCCCGUGGAGAGAGGCAUGUUCCGUACGAUAAAUCUGUCCACCGAUAAAAACAGCCUGCUGAGCAGCAGCACCAAGGCAACAAUGGCCACGUCCACCAGCAGCCAGCUGACGAAGAUGGGUCCGGAAGAGCUGGGAGAGUCCUGGAUCGAGCUGUCAUCGAACACAAACACGGGUGGAGCAGCAGGAGCGACGAGCGGAUUAGUAGGCGCAGGAACCACCGCUGCUGUUGUUGGUGGAGGAAGUAGCAACAAUUUCGUCCCCACCGGCACCACGAUGCUGGCCGGUGCUGUUGGCACGAAGAGUCCGGACCGGACGACACCGCUGGCGUUUGCCUCGGUCGAAGAAUACAUAAGACUGCUGCGGGAGGCUCAGCGCGACGAGUCGAAGGAAUCGAGCCGGGUCGCGUCGCUGACGAGUACGCGCAAAAACUCGCCCCGCGGAAGUCCCAAAUCACCGCCCAACAGUCCAAACACGGAGCUGGCCGCCACCGAGGAAGAUCUCCGGAAUGUCUACAUCAACUACGUCAACAAGGACGGUGACAUUGUGAAAGACACAGACUGGGUGUGGGAUUGGAGCAGCCGGCCGGAUCAGCAACCUCCAAAAGACUGGAAAUUUGAACAUCCCAAUCAGACGCAGGAAGAGCGCAACAAACCCAUCCACGCCGGCUACUCCAUACGGCAGGUCCGUGUUGGGAAGAAUUCCCUGUUCUCGCGAGAGUUUCUAUACUCGAUCGUGCUGACGAACGUCCUAUCGCUGCUGCUGGGUGCAGGCAUUGGCGCCUGGCUACAGAAACGAGGUUUGUUGCUAACUCGCGUCUCGAUCGAGUAAUGUUGCACCCGAAUGCAACUCGAACCGUCGAACCCCAAUUUGGAGUCUUCGCUUGUUUGGGAAAACGCACUGUGUAGUUGAUCCGUAUUACGAGCGUAUGCGAGUGUGUGUGUGUUUCUGUGCGGACGAUAAUAGCAACUUUACCCUGAAAUUGGCUUCAAUGCAGGAGACAUUCUAACAACACACAUCAGCAGCGCAGUUCCCCAAUAACACUGCUGUACUGAGUGUGAAAGUGUAGUGCAGUAGAACGCAUUUAUUUUGUAAUCACAUUCGAGGAAAUCAGAUUGGUAUAUCAUCCAGGCUCAGUGUUCCAAUUUGAAGCUGCGAAAGAGAGGGGGCGUGCUUUACGCGACAGACAACACUGAUGCAGGAGGAUAGUUGGCCAAAAUCAUCGUUAUAUGUGUGGAGCAUUAGAGGAUGAAAGAGAGGAAGGAGUUGCGAAGAUCAAUCGUAGAAGCCCGCACUUUCGCGUGGAAGAAUCUUAUGGUAGAGGAAAAUGUGUGAUUAAACCAAAACGAACGCAAGAAUUUGAACACGAUUUAGCUAGGAUGGAGUGAAAUUCGGACGGACCACGGGGACACGAGGUGUCGGCAGACAUACAGUUUGACGAGUCGAUGGCGAUGGAGGAAAAGUUGAGUGUAUUUCUUUCGAUAGGCUUCAAUUCUAGAGAGAGAGAGAGAAGCGGUGAUCAACCGCGUGCAUUAGGUGAAUAUAGAGAAGCGGAUAGAGAGGAUGUUAGCUUUAUGAAGAAAAAAAAAACAGAAAAUGAAAGAGAUUAUACUGGCCACGGGAGUCUGGGGCGGUGUGUGUGCGCAUUGAGGAAGGGGAACAAGAAGUAAGAUUUCGAACGAUUUCCGUCGAGGGCCAUGUGCCAAGUGGGUGCCGUUUGGAGCGACACAGCUGAUUUCCACGGAAAUCAUGGAGAGAGAGUGUACGGAAGCAAUGUAAUCCAUUCGAGUAAAAUUCCAUUUUUUUCAUACAUUACGUAGCGGACAGUUUUUAGCCGUGUUGUGCUGUGUGUGUGUGUGCAGGUGGUUUUGAGUCCCACAUACCACAGCAACGCACAGCAACGACACUAACCGCUUACAAAAGCGACAGGCCAAGAGAGCAGGAGUAGAAUUAAGAACACGUAUACAUAUACCGACCGGAAACGGAACGCGCGCGCGGAUAUUGUCGCGACAGGAUAUUGCUUUUCGAAUGUUGAGCUUGAUUUUCUUUUAUAAAUUAGCUACCGCUUGUUAUACUUUAUAACCAUUUUUUCAAUAGUUUCUGUAUGUUUUUUUUCUUUCUUAAAAUGUCGCACGUUUUUAUCGUAAUUUUAAUAACCCGAACGGUAGCGCCACCUAGCGGGCUCGGUUGUCGAUUCGCGCGUGCGGCAUCUAGCGGAAGUUGAUGGAAGCAGUCGAGCAGUGGCACUGUCGACACGAACCAUUUGCUCGAGCAGUUUCGUUUGAAACCGUCGCUACGCAAGGGGCCGUUGCGCCGGACCGUUGGGGACGAGCUUGAUUCGUGCGUUUGAAAAUCGUUUAUUAAUUUCUAUGUUUUACUUAACAUACUUAGACAGUAUCAGGAUGGUUAAUAUUUAUAUUGCUUGCUUACUCUAUUGUUUUGAUUGUGUCGCUUUGUUUGCUACGUAUCCUGCGUAUCUUCGUCUAUCAAAUCUGCGUCAAACAUCUUGACUAACAUCACACAAACACACACACACCUAUACUGGUUCAUCUCCCGAUGCCAGCGUGAAAACAUUUGAUGGCCAUCAUUUCGCUAGGAAGCGUAGGAGGGGAUCCCGAUACACACUAAUUGGUAUUUGUAAUUCAAACGACCAUUACUUUGUAUUAUUCCUUAAGCAUUAUACACAUGAAAUAAUGAAAUAAAUAUGAGAAAAAACGA